CUCCUCACUGCUCGAAAUGGUCUUGCAAGGUUCGUUUUUGAUAAAUUAUAGUCCACCAUGACCCAAACGUAAGAAAAUCCUGGAGUCAAAGAGGAAGAACCGGGAUGAACGCAGCUCUCGUCCUUACAUUUCUUCCACCAAAGGUCUCCACUGUAAUAACUGCACCUACGCUGCAUCGCAGCACUUCCCUUCUCGCAUUCACGAAGCCUAUUGCAAGCAGGCCCAUUCCUCCUCAGAGGCUUGACAUCCGAGCAUGGACCGACGACGGGGAUGCGGACGCUGGAGGUUCAGACUCUUAUGAUAUGGAAGAAGAAGAAGAUUUCGAGGAAGCUGACAACAAGAAAGACUUCGACAUUGACUAUGAUACCUCCACUAGCCUCUCCAUUUCCGGCGGUGCUGACGACAUUAGCAUGGUCAGCAGCAGUAGCUUCGUCUCCACCCAUGGAUGGGACUCCGAGAAAACAGUCGAUUACCGUAUUAACGAAAACGAAUUCCACAAAAUUAGCCUUUUCCACUGCGACUUCUUCAUCCGCAAACCUCCUGACCCGGACAACGACGUCUAUGAUUUCCGAGAGAUGUAUGUGACUCCACCAGAUACUGAUGUGUAUGCAAUUCCCCAAGUUCUUGCACCAAUGCCUCAAAAGUAUAUUAGAUGUGCACAGAGUGAAUAUGGGUUAUGGAAUGUGACAGAGCCUCCAGUUGACGCACCUAGAGAUCCAUUGUACAAGUCUGAGAGGGAAGUGUUCAAGGUAUACUUGACAAAGCACUUCCAAAACCGCAGAGCAGGUGAUUCAGAUUUUGUUUUAGAUUUUGAGGAGAUUUAUGUUAUUGAUUCAAAAACCAAAUCUAUUACAAGAGCUAAAGUGACGGUGAAAGUUCCGGAAGGAAGGUCCAGGGAUAGAUAUAAUGAUUUUCUUGUUAUCCAUGAUAAUGGAAACUCUUUCAAAAUAAUCCCAUCGGAAGAGAGAGAGAGCCCAUCAACUGUGAUACAGAGAGAAGAGUGGAACGAUUCACGAGAAGAGAUGGAAAAGCACCUUAGUAAACUUAGAGAUUUCAGUGUAUCAAAUUGGUUUUAGCUCGAGAUAUUUAAUCUUUCUACGAUAUGGUAUUUUCCUGAAUGAUAAAUGUCUUCGUUUGUUGCUUGGAGAGUGAGGUUGUCACUUGGAAAAUACUUAAUUUUGCAAUAUUUUAGCUACUUAUUUAGAUUUAGUCUUAAUGAGAAUACAAAAGUAUAUUCCCGAGCCAACCAAAAUUAACACAAUAUAGAGUUCAAGA